CACCAAGCUUCACAGGCCAUCUCUCCCGCUCCUUGCCACACAACUGAUCAUAUAUUGACCUGUUGAGUCGCAUCAGUGCAGUCUGAACGCUGUCAUCGCGGUGCACCAACAUUCGCAAGCAGCUAGGCCACGCAUAACCUGUGUUCAGCCUCUCCCUAGCCUUCAACACACCGCAGCGGUCGCGAACGCAAGGAAUCAUGGGUGCUGGCGGCAAGGACGCCUCGCAGAUCCAGAGUGAGGUCAAGGAGUAUUAUGGAGAAACGCUAGCCACCACAAGCGACCUAAAGACGAACGCGUGCUGCACAGCGAACGCUCCGCCUAAGGAAAUAAGGGACAUCCUCGCCAAGGUACCUUCCGAGGUCAUCGCGAAGUACUAUGGCUGCGGCAGUCCACUGCCGCAAGGUAUUGAAGGUUUACACGUUUUAGAUCUAGGAUGCGGCUCCGGAAGAGACUGCUACGUGGCUUCUAAGCUAGUAGGCCCCACGGGCCGCGUCACGGGCGUCGACAUGACGCCGCAACAACUAGAAGUCGCGAGGAAGCACGCUGAUGAAUACGCAUCUACGAUAGGGUAUGCGAACAUGAGUUUCGUGCAGGGCACCAUUGAAGAUCUAUCAGCAAUACCUGAUGAUAGCAUAGACGUCAUCAUCAGCAACUGCGUUGUCAACCUCUCUCCAGAUAAACCUGCCGUGUUGAAAGAGGCUUAUAGAGUACUGCGAAAUGGGGGAGAGUUUUAUUUCUCGGACGUGUACGGCGACCGACGAUUACCGAAAGCAUUAACACAACACAAAAUACUCGUGGGCGAAUGCAUCGGCGGCGCAUUAUACGAGCAGGACUUUCUCAGGAUCGCUAGACGGGUAGGGUUCGAGGACCCUCGCGUGUUGGAUAGCGCUCCCAUCGACGUGAAGGACCCUCAACUCAUAGAGCUGGUGGGUGAAGCCAAAUUCACGUCGGUGACCUACCGGUUAUUUAAGCUCCCCGGUUUGCUCGAGUCGCUGUGCGAGGACUACGGCCAAGUGGCAGUUUACAAGGGCACGGUCCCGGGCCACAGACACGCGUAUCAAUUGGAUGACCACCACCGCUUCGAGACGGGGCGGCCCAUGCUCGUCUGUGGGAACAGUGCGGCGAUGGUCGGGGACUCGUGGCUCGGGAAGCAUUUUACGGUGUCGGGCGACCGGUCGACGCACUUCGGGCUGUUCCCGUGCCACUUCUCGCCGUCUGCCGAUGCGCCGACGCCGGGCGGCUGCGCGAGCUGCUGCUAGAAGACCCAUCGCCAGGCGCACUGCGGAAGCUGCGCAAAGUAUAUAAGUACAUUUACACACA